AUGGAGAUCGCCAGGGACUACGCGGGAGCCUUCUUCAGGCGAGUGCGCCCUGCGCCCGGGGUACCCCGUUUGUCUCCAUUUCCUGUGCUCCCCGGGUCCUCCUGCGACCCAAGUCACUCUCUCUCCGUGCGUUCUUUUGAACCUCGAGCUCCUCCUCCCUCGCACACCUCAACGUCCCCGGCCUCAGCUGCUCCCUCGGCUGUGGCACUCCUACAAGUCCAUACCUCAGGGCCUGUCCCCACCCUUGCCAGCCAUCGCCUCCCACCCAGCAGCCCCGAGGUCCCUCCCCCAGAGGGUCGCAGGUGCCCGGUGGGUCGCUCCCGAGGUGCAUGGUUGUGCUUUCUUCUUAGGCCCCUGACAUUCAUGGGACUGCAGACUAAGAAGGCUCUGCUGAUGCCCCUCAUGCAUCCAGCUCGCCCUUUUAGGGUGUCAAACCAUGACCGAAGCAGCCGGCGUGGGGUGAUGGCCAGCAGCCUGCAGGAGCUUAUCAGCAAGACUCUGGAUGUCCUAGUCAUCACGGCUGGCCUGGUUACACUUGUACUGGAGGAGGAUGGUACAGUGGUGGACACAGAAGAGUUCUUUCAGACCUUGAGGGACAACACACAUUUCAUGAUCUUGGAAAAGGGACAGAAAUGGACACCAGGCAGUAAGUAUGUCCCAGUCUACAAGCAACCAAAGAAAUCAGGAAUAGCAAGAGUUACCUUCGACCUAUACAGGCUGAAUCCCAAGGACUUCCUCGGCUGCCUCAACAUCAAGGCCACCAUGUAUGAGAUGUACUCGGUGUCCUAUGAUAUCCGAUGCACAAGUGCCAAGGCCAUGUUAAGGAGUCUGCUUCGAUUCAUGUCCUAUGCUGCCCAGGUCGCAGGACAGUUCCUGGUCCACGCCGGCACAUACAUGCUCCGAGUACUGGCCGAUACUGAAGAGCAGCCAUCGCCCAAGUCUAACGCCAAGGGCUGGUUCAAGUAAACCAGUCAUAGCUCCAGAGCCCAGGUGCAUACCUUUCUUGUAGAUUUACUACCUUUGUCUUUGGGCUCUGGGAUGCCUGGGAAAGCAAGUUCCUGCAGGGGAGAGGGACCACAGAGGGGCCUUUCUGGGGUCUUCAGACAGGACUAACAGCACAGUGUCUGGGAGCAGCAUGCACAUGAAUUAGACUGUGUGGAUCCUUGCCUACUGUAAUAAAGCAAUCACAAGAGUCA